AUGGCGUCGGAGGUAGUCCUGAACCGAUCACAGGCUGCGUCUGAUCGCGUCGAUGGCUACGGCGUACGAGGUGGAGCUGCUCCGAGUCGUCCGAGCUCACGUGCUGGUCGUGCUGGUCGUGCUGCUCAGCCUCAACCUCGACGGACGCCCGACGGGAACUCGCACGAACCACACAUCGCCGCAACCUCGGACCCAAGUCGGUUAGUUCAAUCUCGUAGUGCAUGGACAGGAUCGAUAGGGAUACGCGAGUGCUGACCUCCCCCUGUUGCUCGUGACAGUGACUAUCUACUUCAGGAAAAGCUCGGCACUGGAUCGUUCGGCACCGUCUACAAGGCGUUCGUCAUCACCUUCCUCCCGCUUCUGGUGCGCUGUGCUAAACCUCCAAGACAACUUCUACAGUAUUCAUGUGCCGACGUCCAGGCCUGUCGCGAUCAAGCAGAUCGACCUCGAGCAUGCCGACGAUGACAUCGCCGACAUUCAGCUCGAGAUCGCGCACAUGCAGGAUUGCGACUCGGAGUACGUCACGAGAUGUUACGGGAGCUUUCUCGUCGGGUGGAAACUUUGGAUCGGUGCGUCCGGCUUCGUCGUCAGGCGUUCGGUGGAACCAGUCCGGAGAAAACCUCGUGCUAAUUCGACGGUCACGGGGUCUGUGCAGUGAUGGAGUACCUCGCGGGCGGCUCGUGCCUUGACUUGGUAGGUGCUCUAAACGGCCUUGGGACGAUAAUGCAGAACUGACCGUCCGUACCCCGGCAUGUUGUUCCCAGCUCAAGCCAGGACCCUUCAAUGAAUCGCAAAUUGCCAUCGUCUGUCGCGAGUUGCUGCUCGGUCUCGAGUAUCUUCACAGCGAGCACAAGAUCCAUCGCGACAUCAAAGGUGAACUAUGUGCUGAAUCCGCUCUCGUCCAUCUGGAGCUGAUAACCCCGAGAUUAUAUUGCAGCUGCGAACGUCUUGCUUUCGGACACGGGCAAAGUCAAACUCGGUAGGCGACCGAGACUCCUGCUUUUGAACCGCAGGAAGCUCAUACAAGGGAUUGCUUCCACAGCCGACUUCGGCGUUGCGGCGCAGCUAACCAUGACGCAUGGCAAGCGCAACACUUUUGUUGGUGAGCACGCUAAAACUUUCCGCUCGUUUCAAUUUCGUUCUAAACACUGUGCUCGUCAUGUCACCUGUCAGGCACGCCCUACUGGAUGGCACCAGAGGUAAUCCGACAAGCCGGCUAUGACGCCAAAGCCGAUGUAUGGUCCCUCGGCAUCACCGCUAUCGAGCUCGCCCUCGGCGAACCCCCUUUGGCCGAGUAUCAUCCCAUGCGCGUCCUAUUCCUCAUACCCAAAGCCCGACCGCCAUUGCUCGAAGGCCCGUUCUCGAAUGCUUUCAAAGACUUUGUCGCUUUAUGUCUGAUCAAAGAUCCGAAAGAGGUCCGUCAUCUCGCCAUUGUCAACAGAUCUUUCCAAGAGAGGCUUGCUAACAUCUGUUGCUCCACCAUCACCCCUUCAGCGUCCUUCCGUGAAAGAGCUGUUACAACAUCGAUUCGUCAAAUAUGCGAGGCGGACGACCCAGUUGACAGAACUGACCGAGAAGUAUCAGGCGUGGCGGAGCAAAACACCGAAGAAAGUCAAGCCGAGCAAGGACGGGAACGAGGGGAACGACGUGGCCAAUGCGAGUGUAAUCAGUGCUUGGGAGUUUGAUACGCUGCGAGAUCGUUCAGGUGGUGAUGAGGCUGCUCGCAAUCUGACCAGCCUGCGGAAUCAGGUGAGUCGCCCCCGCUGCCAAAUACUGUACCCUUGACUCCUUGGGCUGAUGUCCAUUCCCAACAGUAUCCCAUGCCGCAAGAUGCCGAACUCGCGUCCUUGCAAGAGCCGACAUUUGACGCCUUGCUUGCACAAAGUAGCGCUGACCAGUUUCAAGCUUCUGAGGCCGACCUGCCCUAUCACCUCCAUUCUGCAUCACGAAGCGCGAAUGCGCCAAUCUCUGCAGGGCCCAAACCACCGGGUAGCGGGUUAGUGCAUUCCUCGGCAUUACAUGAAACCCUGUCGUUGAACGUAGACUGAUCUCCUGAGCAUGCUUGUCACAGGCACCGCACUUUACGACCUGCCAAGCGAACGGACACAGAAUCGGAUCCGGAAGCAUCUACUUCAUCUGCCGAUACCUCUACCGAAGCACACCACGACGAUCCGAGCACCGGGGAUGCACGAUCCAACUCUCCGGCCUCCAGAAACUCCUCCAUCCGCAGUUCAAUCUUUUCCUCGACCUCUCCGCUCUCGAGUACUCACACCACCCCCGAUCUUCGUUUCUCGAACCAAGCGGAUCGUUCUCGCUCGUCUGAGACCUUGACUUCUGCUCAGGGAGAUAUGUUUUGUCGGAUCAUCCUCGAUCCCGUCUUGGAUCGCCGUCGCGUGUCACUUGGGCCGAUGUCGGCUAAGCAAGUUCAGGGGCUCGAGUCGAUCAGGAUGGGCUUCAAGCAGAUGAGCACGGCAGAAGCUUGGUCAUUGGUACAGGAGCUUAUAAAUUCGAUUCAGGGGUGAGUAUGAUGUUGAUAAGCUACAACAAUAGGUAUCAAAUAUCGAUCUUCCCGUGCUGACGUCGUUUUUCUUGCCAGCGUUCCUGAGCUUGCCGCGGCUGUAGAUCGCUCAGGAGUCAACACGCGAUUACCUGAUAUGGUGACAAGUGACGCCGAUACGACAUUCCUAGAAGCUGAUACGACUGCCGCAACCUCGUCAAGCUUCUUCGGUGAGGUUGAGGCAGAAGAUGGAGAAGCACGAGGGACGGCCGAGAGGGACGACGACGAGCCCCGAUCGCCGAUCGCGCAGAUGCUCUACACGAGAUGGGUCCUCAACUUGCGUGAACAACGUGAGUCACAAGCUUCUAGUUUGCUCGUUUGGCAUGGGGCUGACCAACCCUUCCCUCGUGCUACCUAGUUGGGAUCUGA